AUGGCAGACAAGGAUGUUGACAUGAAGCCACUCAAACUCGACACGGACGUGGCAAACAAGGACAAGGAGUCCAAGGAUGCAGCCCCGAAGAAGCUUACGCCAGCGCAAGAGAUCAAAGCUAAUGUAGCACUCAUCGAGCGGGGUGUGGGCUCGAUGGAACCAAGAUUUGCGCAUCGUGCUUUGAGAAAUCUCACCGCGUUACGCAAGUCCCUCACCGCAGAGGCGAUUGCCCAGGCUAUUGACGAAAACUUGGUCAAGGAUGGACCAGCGGCCAAAGCUCUUAAACCGCACCUCAAUGUCUCCUCGUCCAUGGACGUAGACACCUCGACUGCAUCUACACAGACAGCCGAUUUGCCAGAGACAGAAAUGUACUUGCGCCUUUUGCUCAUUCAUCAUCUACUGUCGACACCCACCGAGCAAUCUCGGAAGGCGGCGUUGACCUUGGCAAAAGAGUCGGCUGCAAAGAUUCAAUCUUUGAACCGACGAACAAUGGAUCCGAUUGGAGCAAAGAUUUGGUGGGCGUAUGGCCGAGCUUACGAGGUAGUUGAUCCCGAGCACCUUGCGUCUCUUCGACCUGAAUUACUCGCUGCUCAGCGCACUGCCGCGCUUCGCCGCGACGACGAUACACAAGCUGUUCUCAUCAACCUGCUCCUUCGCAACUAUCUGCAUUAUAAUCUCUUCUCUCAAGCGGACAAGUUUGUCUCCAAGACCAACUUUCCGCAAUCCGCUGCGAACCCUCAAUUGGCACGAAACCACUUUUACCUCGGUCGUAUCAAAGCCGUACAACUCUCCUACACUCAGGCGCACACCCAAUUCCAGCAGGCCAUUAGACGUGCUCCGCCCGCCACCACAGCUCCUGGGUUCUAUCAAGCCGUGCACAAAUUUUUCAUCGUCGUAGAGCUGUUGAUGGGUGAAAUCCCCGAGCGUCAAAUGUUCCGACAUGUCGUGCUCGAGAAGCCGCUCAAGCCCUAUGCGGACAUUGUACGCGCCGUCCGUGCAGGGUCGCUCUCCCAAUUCCAGACGACACUCCAAACACACGCGGCCCAGUUUACCUCGGACUGCACACUCACCUUACUCUCGCGCCUACGCCAAAAUGUGAUCAAGACUGGUCUACGCAAGCUCUCGCUAGCUUAUUCGCGCAUCUCUCUUCGCGACAUUUGCUUGAAACUUCACUUGGAGAGCGAAGAAGACGCCGAAUAUGUCGUGGGUAAGGCUAUUCGAGACGGCGUCAUUGACGCGAGCAUCGUGCACGAACGUGGGUGGAUGGUUCAAAAGGGGUACGAAAUCGAAGGAACAAGCAAUGGAGAAGGGUUAGGUGUUGUUGGCCAGGCGAGCAAAGCUGCGUUCAAUCUCGGUGGGAAGAGUCGGCCACAGGGCGAGGCACUCGUGAGGGCAGAGGUGCACACGGGCCUCAUGAGGGGCUAUGGACCGGAGGUUGUCGAUGUGUUUGGACGCCGGAUUGCGUUUUGCUUGCAGUUGCACAACGAGAGUGUCCGAGCUAUGCGCUACCCGCUCAAUGCACACCGCAAGGAACUCGUGAGCGUGCAAGCUGCACUCGAACGGGAAAAGGAGCUAUCACGUGAGGUAAUGAGAGGCGAGCACGACGAUGAUGAUGAUGCACUUGGAGAUCUGUAA